AUGAGCAGUCAGGAACUAGCGGCCUUGGAUUCUCAGGAAGUGAGAAUAACGGAGGAUGAUAUUGAAAGAUCUCUUGAUAUACCUGUGCGUACUCAUGUACGCAUCAGGGGCAUUCAGAGGAUCCACCCCAAUGUCAUCAGCCGCGACGUGGAGGCUAUUAAACGCUCACAUACUAUAAGUGAGAUUAGCAAUAACAUGAAUGAAGCUAGGGCUAGAUGGGCUCGCAUGGGCAUUUUUCGUUCAGUAAACUUUAAUUUAGAGCCUACGUUUGAUGGGGAACCGAAUGAUGUUUGUGUCCAUAUCGAUGUUGAGGAAUCUAAGGCCACAAAGUCUUUUGGCAUUUUUACAACCGAAACAGUACUCCCCGAGCUAACGCUUUCAUUGGAAAAUAUUCUAGGGGGCAGAUAUUCUGUUUCUGGAAACUAUAUCCCUCCAACUUCGCGAACCCACGCUGUUUCCUUCUCGAUUCGUUCAAAUGUCCCGUUUUUGGGCCAAACAGGUGAGUAUUAUAUCGGAAAGCGUGACGAAGCCAAAACGUGUCAUCCUGCCACCAGUGAAAAAGUAGAAGAGAUACGAGCCACGACCCGAAAUGAAAAAAACGGGGUUUUAUCAGAUCUUUCUAUUGGAUUUCAGAGGAGACUACUUGCAUCAAAAGACAAGCGGGAUUUAGGGGAAGAUUUACUGAACGAUUUUACAACAACAUUUAAAGGAUAUGUCAAACAUGAAUUGGCUUUGUCAAGUGCGGAAUACCACGCAAAUCCAUUUUUGUGCAAUAUGUAUCCCCUGCCAAUUCGCGGAGGUCAGAUAAGUAUGAAAAAUGAACUCGCUGGUGGACCCUUUGGAGGUCAAUUUACAUUUCUCAAGUCGGAAGUACAAACAGCCAAAUACUGGCCAUUAGGAUCAUACUGUAGUUUUCAGUGGAACACCAAGUUGGCUGGGAUAUGGUCGUACCAACAGGCCAGAAUUCCAUUAAAUGACAGACUAUUCCUUUCAACUUGCCACGUACGUGGAUUUAAGAGUGUGGGCCCUUCUACAAUGGACAUUAGCGGAAGAGAUGGUGGACGAUUUGCUGCUACUGGUGGUAAUGCGCUAUGGGCAACAUCAAUCAGUUUGAAUUUUCCGUUUCUCUUUUUCCCAAAUAAUGGUCUGGCUGCCAUGCAUCUGUUUGCCAACGCGGGAAAUUUACAAAUGAUAGACUCAAAGCCAGAAUUAUUGGACCUUACUCGAUGGUUUCGUUCAUGCGCCGCCUCAGUUGGCUUUGGUGUGGUAGUGACAAGAAUACCACUUUUUGGUGUUUCACCCAAUGGGCGUUUCGAAUUGAAUUUUUCGAUCCCUGUUGGAAUUGAUAGACAUGGCAACAUUUCCUGGAGAAAUGGUAACAAGAAUUUAUUUGAGCGUGUGAAGUUUGGACUGACGUGGUCUUCGGCGCUUUCAAUUUGA